UCCAUCUUGCUCGUUCGCUAUAUUAUCGCACUCAAGAAUUAGCUCCUGAUUCAGCUGAUUCUUUUUCUUCCCAUACGGACUUGAGAAAAAUGGAAGUCACAGGUGGCUGAGUCCUGCUAAGUUCUAUGGCCUACUUUGAUAUCUGGGCAAUGUGUGAGGGAAGAUACAACUUCAGCGGCUUAAGAUCAAAUUGGCAAAAAACAAUUGGAAAGAACUACCGUGGGAGCAGAAUCUUUGUUAUGGAAUUUGAGUCAGAUUGGACAAAACACAGAAAAUCAUCAGCUUAUACUGCUCAAGUGAUUCGUUCUGCGACAUCUUUUAUGCCUUGGUCUUGUAGAAUCCCUAUUGGUGAAGGAUAUCACGAAUUUAUUUAGCUGUAGGAAUUUCAAUAAGUAUCUUGCCAUAAUAUCUGGUUGAUUGGUCAAAAUCGAAAGUGCUCUGAAUUCUCUUAAUAUAUGAUAUUUAUUAUUGAUAAUGCCUAGUUUUGGUACUGGAAAGAAGAGAUUUACAGAGUCAAAUAUGUGUUUCACCAAAUUAAUCAAUCAGGAUACACCAAAUCUUUCAAAGAGCAAUAACUGUUUGACUUCUGAGGUUCUUGAUGAAGAAGACAGUUCCAUUCUACCUGGGCUACCUGAUGAUGUGGCAAAGCAUUGCCUUGCACUUGUGCCUCGUGCUAACUUCCCGGCCAUGGGCGGUGUCUGUAAGAAAUGGAGAUCAUUUAUUCAGAGCAAAGAAUUUAUCACUGUGAGAAAGUUGGCUGGCGUGCUUGAGGAAUGGCUUUAUAUCUUAACUAUGGAUAAAGAAGGAGGAGCAAGCCAUUGGGAAGUUCUUGACUGUCUUGGUCAGAAACACCGUUCUCUUCCACAGAUGCCCGGUCCAGGAAAGGCCGGGUUUGGAGUAGCAGUUCUUAAUGGAAAGCUUCUUGUUAUGGCUGGCUAUUCGUUGGUUGAUGGGACUGGUUCUGCCUCAGCAGAAGUUUAUCAGUAUGAUUCUUUCCUCAACAGUUGGGGCAGAUUGCCAGACAUGAAUGUGGCUAGAUAUGACUUUGCUUGUGCUGAAGUCAAUGGCUUGGUUUAUGCUGUUGGAGGCUAUGGGGCGGACGGAGAGAGUCUCUCCAGUGCUGAAGUGUAUGAUCCAGAUGCUUCAAAGUGGACACUGAUUGAGAGCCUUCGUCGCCCAAGAUGGGGUUGCUUUGCUUGUGGAUUUGGAGGGAAGCUUUAUGUGAUGGGUGGAAGGUCAAGCUUCACAAUUGGGAACUCCAAGUUUGUUGAUGUUUAUAACCCUGAGAAGCACAGCUGGUGUGAGAUGAAGAAUGGUUGCGUGAUGGUCACGGCACAUGCUGUACUGGGGAGGAAGCUGUUCUGUAUGGAGUGGAAGAACCAAAGGAAGUUAGCAAUAUUCAAUCCAGAGGAUAAUUCAUGGAAGAUGGUACCGGUGCCAUUGACCGGGAGCUCAAGUAUUGGUUUUCGAUUCGGCAUACUGGAUGAGAAGCUGUUGCUGUUCUCACUAGAGGCUGAUCCUGGAUAUAGAACUCUGUUAUAUGAUCCAUCUGCAGCCCCAGGAUCAGAAUGGCAGACUUCUAAGAUAAGGCCAUCUGGUUUGUGCUUGAGCUGUGUAACCAUCAGGGCAUGAAAUUGAAGACAUAUUGAUGACGAUGGAGUUGGAGGGUAGAGUUCUGCUUUCUUCAUUUUACUGAUAUGAAGGAAGGAAGGAAGUGGAGGAGGUUUCUUGGUUUUAAUUUCAGUGCUUAUGCUCUUGACUGCUAUUGAUUCGUGUAUCAAUUUUUCAGUUAUCAUUAGACUGUCUGAGCUGUACUUUUUGUAGAUUAUGGUUGGAUAUUUGCCUUGUUCCUGAUAUUCCCAGAUUAAGCUUUAUUUUCUAAAUGAUGGUGCGAUGCUCAAUUUACUAAUUCUAAUUUCCCAUGAUUUAGUUAUACAAUUAGAUUAGAUCUAUUUUUCUGGGCAGGACACAAGGCGUGAUAUGAGCUGAAUUGUUUAUUGUAAAUUGUGGUGUCAAGCUUUGUGCAGAA